UGCACAAUCAAUCAUCUCAUUCACAUUUACUCUCACAAAUUAAAGUCUUCAAAAUGGCUAUGGAUCCAGAUGCCUUGAGAACCCUUGUUGGGGUCAUGGGAAACGUGAUCUCCUUCUUCCUAUUCCUCUCCCCCGUCCCAACAUUCAUGAAGAUAUGGCAAGAUAAAUCAGUACAACAUUUCAAACCACACCCUUAUCUUGUGACGGUGCUCAACUGCGCAUUGUGGUGCUUGUAUGGCACGCCCGCCGUGCAUCCCGACAGCCUCCUCGUUAUCACCAUCAACGGCAUCGGGCUUGUCAUUGAAUUCAUCUAUGUCGGCAUCUUCUUUAUCUACUCCAACACCUGGCCCAAACGCAAAACGAUAAUCAUGUGCCUUGUCGGGGAAGCCAUUUUCUUCAUGGUCGUCGUCUUCAUCACCUUCUUUUUCCUCCAUGGAACCACGAAUCGGUCCAUGCUCGUUGGACUCAUUUGCAUCGUCAUGAACAUUGGAAUGUACACAGCCCCCCUUACCGUCAUGAAACGAGUUAUCAAGACCAAGAGUGUGAAGUACUUGCCAUUCUACUUAUCAUUGGCCAACUUUGCCAAUGGCACUGUGUGGUCCAUCUAUGCUCUUGUCAAGUUUGAUUCCUACAUUUUGAUUCCAAAUGGUUUGGGAACAAUAUCCGGAUUGGUGCAGCUGGGCUUGUACGCAUUCUACUACAAGUCGACUAACUGGGACGAGGACGACAGCGUUCACCAACCGGAAACAGAGCUCCACAACAAGGCCUAAUUCGUCGAUGCACGCAUCAUUAAUAAUACUUGAGCGUUUGCUCUUGUUUAUUCCUCUUCACUUAUUUAAUUUGAUGUUGCAUUCUCUUAUAUAUGUAAUCCGAAUAAUCAGUACAUCAA